AUGCAAGUGCCGGUUCUCGGCUGCACUUUCCUCACGCUGUCAGAUUGUGAGGAAAGUACUGCCGAGAACCGGCAGUUGUCAGAGCGGGGAUCGGCACCGAUCAUCAGGGCACUGAUGAUCAGUGCCCUGAUGAUCGUGCCGCCUAUCAGUGCUGCAUAUCAGUGCCGCCUAUCCGUGACCCCUAAUUAGUGCUGUCUAUCAGUGCCGCCUAUCCGUGUCACCUCAUUAGUACUGCCUAUCAGUGCCCUUUAGUGCCGCCUAUCAGUGCCCAUCAGUGCCGCCUAUCAGUGCCCAUCAGUGCCGCC